AUGGGCAAUUCGCAGUCCGCGCACUAUCGUGAGGGUGGCAGCGCUGUGGCGAGUACGGUUGCUUGUCCCGACACUACACAAUCGAAUCAAGAGAAUGAAGCUAUCGUCACCACAUAUCGACCCGGGCACCUGUACUCACACACACUAAGUCUUGGCGCCUCACCAGGACUUGCACAAAAAGCAUCCAAGUCAGAUACUGCGCCCCUUGAUGCCAACCAUGAGCGGAAACCUAUCGUUGCGGGAUCAGCAUUCGCCCGUUAUGGUGGCAGUGAUUCAAGUUUGGCCGAUCCCUCCUCCAAGGACUCCUCAGAUGUCGAUAGCUCGGCGUCUUUCUCAGGCAGCGACGCGGCGUCACAGGACUUGUCCCACGAAAGGAGUGAGAUCUUUGUGCGUCGCGCUGCAGGACGUAAUCUUGAAAUCAACACAGAUCAAAGCUCACAUGUCCCACUUUCUACGCCCGAUGUACAGACACCUCGUGCACCUACAACGACCCAUGAAAGUGCCAAUAUGACUCUGACGCCACGCCCAGACCAGAGUGACGAUAAGGAGCAGCGACGCCUUCGCCCUCAAUCAUUGCUAUUCGGCGAAGAAGAUCAACUACAAGCCGAAAAUACAAUGCGCACGGAAUCAAAAGAGCCCGAUAGCGAUGAUGAAGCUGCUAGUCGACGACCUGUCAAGACAAAGCUCUCAUCACUACCAUCCUAUCUGAAAAUCCCCACUACCAUCCCUCGUUCGUUCACAACAUCCAAAAUGGUCCUAGAUCCUGAUAUUAGACGCAAGACGUCUCGACACAGCAGCUAUGUAUCAACUCCCCAGCAUCAACGCAGGCUCGACCACGCCCAUGUGCGUAGUGAUGCUGAUGAUCAUGCUCGUGAGCACCCGUGGUCGUCGCCUGAUCCCAAAAGCCAUUCAGGUUCAUCCUUGUGCCUUCCCCGGACGCAAACUGCGCCCCAUCGCCUUCAUGCGAUGGGCAAAGAACCACCUUCGUUGGAGCUGGUAUCUGAUUCAUCCGCAGAUAUUCCUGUGUCCAUUGAGAAGCCGGCGCCUGCGUCACCCAUCACACCAAACUUGCCAGAUGUUCCGCACACACCUGUGAAUCUAAUCUGGCGCGGACGUGGGAAACAUGUCUUCGUCACAGGCACCUUUGCUGAUGAAUGGCAGAGCAAAAUCCCUCUCAAGCAACUUCGCCCCCACACACCAUUCCUGUGCACGGUCUACUUGCCGCCAGGCACGCAUCGGCUCAAGUUUGUCGUAGAUGAUCGAUGGCGCGUAUCCUCUGAUCUUGACACCGCGACGGACGGCGACGGAACACUCGUCAAUUACGUUGAAAUCCCGAAUCUGAUGAAUGACUCGCGCGAUCAUAUGACCCGAGGAAAUGUCGUGCGGGACGAAACGUGGAAACGUGCAAUGGCUGUGCUAACAUCCGCGCACGCCUCACCCCGUGGUGAAUGGGACGAGCUGAACGACGACUUCCCAGGCCAAUCAGAAACCACAUGGACGCGUGAAGUGCCAGCAUGUAUUGAACUCGCGCAGGAGGCAGAGGAGAACAUCCUGGAGCGUGAUGAUUUCGAACCAGGAGACGAUUCAUCGCUUCUGCCGAGGCCACCACAACUUCCGCGCCAGCUCGAAAAGGUCAUCCUGAAUGCAGGCGUGGCUCAUAACCAGGUUCCCAUCAACACAAAUGCCGCACUUGUCGACGACAACAGUGUACUGCCAGCACCGAAUCAUGCGGUUCUGAACCAUCUCGCUACUGGUGCAAUUAAGAAUGGUGUCCUUGCGAUGGGGACUGUUACUCGCUACAAGAACAAAUAUAUCACGACCGUGUUAUACCGCCCAGUCCAUGCCUAA